AUGGCGGACUUCAUUAUGCCUCGGACCAAUUGUCAGGAUCCCGACGUGCUAUCUUCGGACAAAAAGGCCAAGACCCGACCCAAGUUAUCCAAAGCACACAUUAACAUGGCUACCCUUUGGUGUCUGCAGUGUUUUCGCUAUGCAGUCCGCCAAUUGGAUGAUGAGCCCCCCGUCUUUGACGUGCCGUGCAGAAUCAACAUUGCUUGCCCCCAAAGCUGUGUUAUAUGUGCAGUAGAGGGAAAAAAUAUUCCCCAGGGUAUCCGGGGCCACGUUUUCGAACUGAUGGCCUUGAUCAAAUUCGUGGAGAAAUACUGGACCGACGACAUUGAAUACAUGGAUGGUGACAAGUCACGGGAAAAGGCCCUCGCGGAACUUGCCACCACAGUAAAUGAUCUCUGUACUGCCUUCGAUGACCUGGUCGAGACACAUAGAAAGGACCAUAUGCUGACAGGCAAUGUCUCUGACGAAGCUAAGGCUGGCUAUUUCGCUUGGUGCAAAGCUAGACAGCAUAUGGUCCGUCCCAACACCCAGUACAUCAAGGGGCUCCAUUUCCAGUACGCCCGCCGAGCUACGGAGCAUCUCCGCCUUCGAAUGGGUGAAGAAGCAUCAAUCAGCUGGGCCGCCGCGAUUUGUGCCUUCUAUCUAGCUGUCACUGCCACAGUUACAAAGUAUGUCACAAGCGGGAGCGAUGUUGAUUACAUUGAUGACCAGUUUCCUCUGGAGAUGCCUGAGCUUUGA